AUGGGAAGCCAGGCGUUAUAUGCAAACGGUGCCGUACAAUUCUUGAGCAUCCAACGAAUACCGAAGAGGGGUAAUAUCCAGCAACUACUUAGUGACGCGGCCGAGAGAAGACCGGCGCCUACCUUUACCCAGCAAAUAUGGGAGCAGAAGAUUCUGAACCUGAUCACUGUAUCGCAUUUACCCUUCCUAUUCGUCGAGCAUCAAGAAUUCCAGGACCUCCUUUCCUACGCACGGCUAGCACCCACACCACCAAGCGUUCCAUCAAGAAAGGUGAUUCGCGACCGCCUUCGGGGUUUCGUUAUAGAACAACAACAGGAGACACUACAACAGCUUCCAUCUAGUGCAACAAUGUCGAUUGCGCUUGACUGUUGGACUUCUCCAUUCCAGCAAGCAUUCAUGGCUAUCACAGGAUACUUCCUAGACCAGGAAUGGGACUAUCACGAGGUUCUCCUUGGGUUCGAGCCAAUUUCUGGAUCUCAUACCGGAGUGAACCUCGGUAGGAUUGUUCUCCAGAUCCUAGAGAAGCACCAGAUCGCUGACCGUAUACUGGCGGUGACAACUGAUAAUGCGUCUAAUAAUAAGACACUUAUCGCAGCGGUGAAUGAUUCGACUAAGACGCUACAAUCUGAGACAGAUUCUACGAUUGUCCAAGUGCCUUGCCUUGCACAUGUUAUUCAAUUAAGUCUAAUUGAUUUACUUGGUAAAAUCAAGGCCUCACCGAAGAAUGACAAUGCCGAGACAGAAUGGUCUGAAGAUCGUGUACGUUCACUUCGUGCGCGCCAGCAGAAACAUGAGAUCGCCGAUACUCUAAAUAAGGUCCGCGGUCUUGCAGUUUAUAUCAACGGAAGCCCUCAACGCAAAGAAGCCUUCUUGAAUCUUCAAUCUAAUAACGCUGGUAUAAGGCUUCUCCCAAUCCAGGAUGUCCGUACACGAUGGAAUUCGACAUUUCUGAUGCUCCGGCGGGCGACAAGGCUUCAUAACACAUUCGACAAGUACUGCAAGGACUUUACCCAAACCCAUUUUGCAUUGAGUAUCGAGGGGUGGCGACAGAUUGACUAUCUACUUUGCAUUCUCCAGCCCUUUUUUACGCUUACUACGCUAGUUUGUCGUACUAAAGACUCGAGUAUCCACCUUGUCUUUAGGAUUUAUAACAAGCUUUUUGAUCAUCUUGAAAGAUCAAUACGUCAGCUACGUCGAAAGAAAGUUCACUGGAAACAGCUGAUGCUUUCCUCCCUUGAGGCUGCGAAGGAGAAACUGAAGAAAUACUACGGCGAGACCGAUAAUAUCGAAGGUAAUCUCUAUGCAAUUGGGAUGAUCCUAGCGCCGUCGAGUAAGAUGGAGUUCUUUUCAACAAGUGAUUGGGACCUAGAUCCUGAGAUAGGAAAGGACUAUAGAAAAGUAUACCGCGAGAGUCUUCAGUCUCUCUUCGAAAGAUAUAGCCAACGUGUACCAUCAGAUAUGAUACAGCCUAAUAGCCAGUUAUUAAUAACUGAAUCGGAGCUAGAGAGGGCCCUUGACGGCGAUUCUUCACCACGAUCAAUUGCUCCGCAGUACGACGAGCUCACCAAAUAUCUCCAGAGUGAUACUAUUAAAGGAUCCGUUCGGAUCUUUUGGAAAGAUCAUCAGAGAGAAUUCCCUGUUCUUGCAAGCAUUGCCCGUGAUAUUAUGUCAAUUCCAGCGACUGGUGCCGGAGUUGAGCGUCUAUUUAACUCUGCCCGGGAUGUAUGCCACUACCGCCGGGGGUCGUUGAAUCCAGAGACUAUUCGUGAUAUCAUGUUGUAUAUGUGUACAACAAGAUUUGAUAUCAAGGAGGAGCAGCGGCUGAUUCUCCAAGAGUAUCUUUUAGACCAUGAGAGAGCAGCUUCGGCAGAAGCACUUGAUGUCCAGACACAUACCUUCGAGGCUAUCAGUGAUGACGAGGAGGAGGAUGUUGAGUUGCGUCUUGACACACCGGCUGCUAUAUCAAUUAUGCAAACAACCCCGAACGCACCGCCACUGUCAGCAGUCGCCGCUGGAAAGCGGUCUGCGGUCACUUCUAGUGGUGAGGAAGAUUCUGAUGCUGAUGGAUUUGCGGAGGAGAACCUAUCAUUAUCCUUCCCUGAUACGCAGCAUCGUGUAUCAGGUAGGAUACGGAAGAAGUCGAGACUACUGGAUGGGUAUAUAGUUUGA